GCGACCGAACGAUGAAUCUUCGCAGCUGGGGUACGGUGCAGCUUGCACUUGCGUUUUUCGUCCUGCUGGUCGGAACAAUGGUUGAAACUCUGCCACAGUCCAGUAUAAGCGUGUCAAAGGAGCAGCGCAACAAACAGGAAGCGGUAGAAAAUCCGAGCGAUGACUACGACGACGAUUACGACGAUGAUGAGGAUGUGCCGUCGCAGGAAAAGCCGGAAAUCAGUGACAAUGCGCUGCUCGGGACGAGUCUGCUGACCAAGGACUACAUCGAGGAGGCAAGACCAGGCGAACAGGUUACGCUCAAGUGUGAAGUCAGCAAUCCCACUGCAAACACCAUCAUCAUGUGGUACCACAACGAAAAGACCAUCUUCCAGCAUAUGACGAAAGUGAAGCACGAUCCGCGCUAUCUGCUCAAUCCGGACUUUUCGCUGCAGAUCGACAACGUACAGCUAGCGGACGAAGGUAUCUAUUCCUGCCAGCUACUGCCCAACCAAAUGACGGUCAAAAUUGAGCUGCAGUUGUUCACACCUCCACGAGAUGUGCACAUCAUGCACGGUAACAAAAUCAUUAACGAGACGCUGGAACUUCAUCAGCGUGAUCGCAAGUUCAUCCUGCUGUGUUCCGCCAAAGGACAUCCGACACCAGUAAUUACCUGGUCUUAUCGUGGACGUCAUUUGGAUGAGGAGUACAGUCAUCAGACAGGUAUUGUGCUGCGCAAGGAAUUCCUGGACAUUCACGAAGUGAAGCCACAGCACGCUGGAGACUACGAAUGCAUGGCCCAGAAUGGUAUCGGUGAUCCGGUUACCCGAAGGAUAUCCGUGGUUGUGAAAGCUGAAUCAUCAUCGGAAGAGCUGGAGGACGAUGAUAUGGAUGCGUCCAAUGUAACUGCACCGCUGGAGAAAGGCAAUCCAAUUAUUCACAAACACGCCAGCUACAUUAACACCGCCAUCGGAGAGAACGUGGAGUUGGUGUGCCUGUAUGACAGUAAUCCGGCCCCACGCAAAAUCCAAUGGAUUCAGGACGAUGUGGUCGUGCAGCAGGCAGCGGGCAAAACUACGAUCACGAACGAUCACCACAACCAUCACAACCGUACUCGGCUCACUAUUCACAACGUACAGCAGAAGGACUUGCAGGCAUACUAUUGCAAAAUUGAGAAUGAGCUAGGAGAAGCAACUUCCAAAACGAUCCUGGGACAACAGCCAGGCGGUGCGCAUCUGAUCUAUUCCAACGUUUCCGACGGACUGUUGCACACGUGGUGGAAGAUCCACAGUAUUCAGCAAAUCUCCGAGAUGCAGCUGCUCUACCGAGGAAAUAAUACCAAAUACACACCGAUUGCUGCCGAAAUAUCCAGCCACGACCAGAACCCUGAUGGAUACACCUGGACGGUUCGCAAAUCGAUCCGACUUCCGGUGGGCGAAUGGUAUGUGACGGCCCGGGCACGCAAUCUUGAGGGUUGGUCCAGCGCCGAAAGCCUACCGCACCCGUUCCAGAUUCGUGACGCGAUGGCCAACAUUCAGAUUGCUUCGAUCGGCGGUGGCUCUAGUGCUGCCCACCGAACACUUCCGGCACUAUCGAGCGGUAGUGGCGUGCUGGUGCUGCUACUGUUGCUGCUGCCCUUCGUUAAGUCGCUAGUGUAUUAA